UUAGCGGGGGGGCGCAUGCGCAUCACGGCUGCUGACCCUUCCCCUUUGCCGCUUCCCCUUCCCUCCUCCUGGCAACGAGCAACGAUGGCCGCCCGCGUGGGCUGGGUGACCCGGCUACCUAUUUGCGUCCAGGGAAGGGCCCGGUUCCUUGACUCUCUCCACCGGCACCUCAGUUCUCCCAGAACUUCCAUUCUCAAAACGGCAGAGCCGCCCGCGGGCAGCGCGGAGCCAGGCUUGCAAGAAAAUACCGAAAAAAAGACUUUUUCUGAGGUGCAAAAAGAAAGGCGUGAGCAGGCACAAAGGUCCAUUUUAAUAAGCUGCCCCAAGAAAGUCCUAGAGAAAAAGCUUCUUAAGCAUUUGUGUCAGCAUGGAGAAAUCACUAAUCAUUUCUUCUUCGAAAGCUUUGGUCUUCAUGCUGUAAUAGAGUUUUCCAAAAAGGAAAGUAUAGCUUCGCUACAGGAUGCCACUUGUAUCCCUCGUGGAGAAACAGAGUUUCCUAUUCCUUUUAAAUCUCGUUUCUUUCAUUUAAACUUGAAGAAUCCAUCAAACCAAGAUUCAGAUGGGAUGCUUGUGAAGUGUAGUAACCAGUCUAGCCCUUUAAAUGAUGAUCUUAUCCAGACACUUUGUAAUGAAGAAAGUGUAGAAGGCCAAAUAAACACUCUCAUGAGGACGUUACAAAUAACAGAGGAGAACAUUAGGCUUCGAUACCUUACCUGUUCUCUUAUUGAAGAUAUUGCAGCUGCUUAUUUUCCAUCUUGCGCUGUAAAACCAUUUGGCUCAUCAGUAAAUAGCUUUGGGAAACUGGGAUGUGAUUUGGAUAUGUUUUUGGACCUGGAUGACAUUGGGAGAAACACUGCUACAAAGACAGAUGGUCCAUUUUUAAUGGAAUAUCAAGUGAAAAGUGUCCCUUCUGAAAGAUGGGCAACUCAGAAGAUUCUCUCAGUGAUUGGAGAAUGCCUGGAAAAUUUCGGCCCUGCUUGUGUCAGUGUGCAGAGGAUACUACAUGCUCGCUGCCCGUUGGUGAGGUUCUCUCAUCAGGCUUCUGGUUUUCAGUGUGAUUUGACUGCUAAUAAUAGGAUUGCCAUGAAAAGCUCAGAACUGCUGUACAUCUAUGGCACCCUGGAUUCCCGAGUAAGAGCUCUGGCGUUCAGUGUACGAUACUGGGCACGUCAUCAUGGGCUGACAAGUAGUAUUCCUGGUGCCUGGCUAACAAAUUUCUCCCUUACAAUCAUGGUCAUCUUUUUCCUUCAGAAAAGAUCUCCUCCAGUCAUCCCGUCUCUAGACUAUCUAAAAACUCUAGCAGAUGCAAGAGACAAAUGUGUAAUAGAAGGCAAUGACUGUACAUUUGUUAGCAACUUGGACAGAAUUAAACCGUCAGAAAACACAGAAACAUUAGAUGUCCUACUGUGUCAGUUUUUUGAAUAUUUUGGAAAUUUUGCUUUUAAUAAGAAUUCUAUAAAUAUCCGAAAGGGAAAGGAACAAAACAAGCCCGAAUCUUCUCCUAUAUACAUUCAGAAUCCCUUUGAACCCAGCCUUAAUGUCAGCAGAAAUGUUAAUGAAAGUCAGCUGGAAAGAUUUGUACAUCUGGCCAGAGAAAGUGCUUGGAUUUUACAAGAGGACAAAGGUCAAUCUUCAAAAUCAAGUAAUCCUUGGGGGCUGGCAACCCUGCUGCAACCAUCUGUAUUGAAUAAAUCCCAAGUCAAGAAGGUAGUGAGACGACCUGCAAGUGUUGCAAUCAGAAAGUUGUUAGAGUCCAUAAAGUCUGAUUCCACAAAACAUCCCAAAGCUACCAUGGAGAAGAGAACAAUUAGUACCCAGUCGUGAGGUCUAUUUACCUUCUUUUAAGAAUUGAUUACGUCCAAUAAAAGUGUCCUUGAAGUACAGUGGAAAAACUGACCUCAGCCUUCCACAAGUUUCAGCUUUGGUUUAUUCUUUUCAUCUGACCCAGCUCAAUGUACCUGACUUGGAGCAUCCAGACCUAGCUUUAUCUGUCAGCCUUGUGAGGGUGAAGCCAGAUUCUGAUUAUAAAAUGAAACAGUGACAAAAGAGAAAAGAGGUUGGGGAAUAAGAAACUGAAUGGACAAGAGAGGGGCGGUGCUACCUUCUUUUAAUAAAAUCAUAACAUUGACUACAAUGCCACCAGUCUGACUGAUUGGAAAUUAUUUUAAAUUUAAGACUCCUAACCAUGUUCAUGACUGUUUUUACUACACUUAUACAUGGCACCUUAAAUGCAAUAAAGUAUUUAGAAUUUGUUAGAAUUGUUAAAACUUAAUAAAGAAUUGUUCACUUUGAGAAAAUGAUUAAUUACUUAAAAUGAAACAAAACAAGUGGGUACUACUUUCUGCGCUAAAGAUCCACAUUAAGGAAUGAACAAACGGCUGGGGAAUAAAGAGGAUAAUAAAUUAUUCAGCCACUAAUUUAUAAGUAUUCUCAACCCAGAUGCAGUUGUUCUGGGUGAGUUGUUGCUAAUCUUUUUCAAAUUAUGAUACUAUAUUACUUGCUCUCCCUUUUCAGAUUCAAAAAAUAAAACUCACCACUGUAAUGUAUUUUUUCCUGUCUGCUUUUGAGAAGCCUUUUGUAGAAAGUCUUAAGUGUUUUAAAAUGCACUUUCUAGUACAUGUCCUGUAGAAUCACAUUCACUCUUCUUUAAUCUCUCUCUCCUGCAUAUAGCAAUUCCUGAAAUCCAAGGUCUGUCAGCAUUCUGAGUGUAUUGAAAACAUUCUUCCAUUUAAAUUGUGAACAAGAGACUGCUCUACAAGGGAGAGAGCAAAUGCACCCUCACAGAAUUGCUAUGAAGGAAGAAAACAAUCUCACCCCAAUAGAGGCCCACAACAGAGCCAUUAAGCUUCCUAGUUAUCUGUGUAGUUUGAGGACAUUCUACUGGGCUGAUCAUUGUGACUGGAAAUAAUAGGUUUUUUUGAAAGAUGUAUUUGAGUGUAUGUUGCUUUGACCAACAAAUGCUUGUGUUUGACAUGUCCUUAUAUCAUUGAUGUCAACUCCUUGUAGUUCAUUUUGUAGCUAAUAGGAUAACUAACUACUUCUUUUUAAUCUGGCUUUUCUAUUGAGCAAUGUUUGGGAUUUCUCAUGUUAAAAGGGGGGG